CUCAGCCACAAGGCCUAAACACUGGCCGGCAGAAAAAAUCUGGGAGUGGCAAAAAAAAACCCCACUCCAAGAUGGCUGCUUAUUAUGCUAUGGUGCUGUCUCGACAAUGGACUUGAGAUGAAAAUAAAAGGAAAGUACCAAUAAAGGUACUACCCAGAGUAUAUAGUCCGUAGCACAGAAAAAUGAUGGAGAAAGUGAAUUUGGAGUCAAAAGAGAAGUUGAAUCAUCAAAAUCCUGCAAUGGCAAACUCAUCUUUGUUCAGUGAUCCAGAUUGUGCUGUUGUGGAGAAUCAAGAGGAGAGUGAUGCGAAAGAGGCGAAAGACGGUGAGCCGGAAGAACCUGUUGACAGUGAAAGUGUCAAGGGUAUAUUUGGUUGGGAGACAAUCGAUGGAACAAGUAUUCCUUAUAUUCUUCGGAAAGGGAAGAAGUUUGUUUCAGUCAGAAUUGUUGAACGCAAACUCCUGAGCAAAUAUCCAAACACCUUUCCUGAUGAGUUGGGGAAAAAAGACCCUUUGAUUAGCUAUUUCAUCACUGAAGCGGAAGCCACUCUGCUGAAUGAAAUCAACACAGCUCAUUGCGAUUACGAGUAUGGUCGCAAUCCUUUCACAGUCAAAGACCUGAUUGUGAAUUUGAGUGAAUUUGGAGAAUUCUUCAAGAUAGUGAAGAAGACUUUUCCUGCCGAUAUUUUAGCUAAAAUCAGUCAUGAGAGUUCAGAGGUGGUGACGUCUGAGGUCAAACCUGAUUUGUCUGAGUUCUGUGGAUGGAUUCAAAUCAACAACACAGUGUCUCCUUACAUACUGAGGAUGGAAGCAGGUGCCCAAAUGAAAAUGGUUCCAAUGCAUGUGAUCAUAUAUGCUGCUGGACUUCUUAGUAACUCUAAUGUGGAAGGCCUGUCAGCAUCUGUGCGAGAGUGUACCAUGCUCAACGAGACCUGCAAAGCAGCCGGAGUUAGUUUCACAUUUGGGAAAAAUACCAAACUUCUUCCUUUGAAGGAGGUUCUCCAAAGGUGUGAGGUUCAACUGUUUGACUUGCCUUUUAAGAAUCCUCUUCAGUAUGCUCGUUACCUUGACCCUCGGUCGGGUCACCCUUCGUCUUGUUUGUUACGCUGUCAGAUGUCACAACCGGUCCCAAUGGUGUCAUCUCCUCCCUUGCCAUCAACCCCUGUACAAUCAUCUGUUCCACAUUCAAAAAUGGAGAUUAUGGCCAAUGCUAUGGCGAGCGUUGUCAACCCAUUUAUGCCGGGACACCAUGCCAUGGGCCUGCCUUCAACUCAGAUAGGUGGUGUCCCACGUUUUGUCGGUCCAGGUCAUGUGCCAGUGAGACCAGGUGCUGACAGUACUAUGGCUCAUCAAAAACUUCACAGCCCACCAGAUAUGCCUCAGCCGUCAGAAGCCAGGGCCCUGGAUAUGGGCAUGCAGAAUGCAUCUCGUUCAUUUUGGAGCUCCAUGUCGCAAGGGCCUCCUCCAGCCCACAUGGGCAAUGGCUCACGGCCUAGUAUGACGCAGAAAAAUCUACCAUUGUCACCAGGACCUCAGUCGCCUUUGCCAUAUAAACCAUUUAGUCUUCCUCCUUCCAGUCUAUCUGCACAUGUACUCAUGAAAAGUUCUGCCCCGAGCGUUCAAGACUUUAACCAUCCUAUCUUUCACUCGUCCCCUUCAGGAUCUGGACUGAGCUCUACCAUGUCAAAUAUCAGGUACCCGCCUCCUAGGAUAGGCUUGCCACAAGUUCCAUCUCUUCUGGCAUCCCAUUCAUUUGGUACCAAUCAGUUUGACAGCUCUCUGUUUCAGAAACAGCUUGCUGAUAACAACAACUCUCUAUCUCAACCAAAGUCCAAAAGAAAAAGCAGCCAAGAUUCACCAUUGCAUGCAGCAGAGAGCAGUAAUAUCUCCACACACAGUGCUCAUUCUAACAGGUCGUCAGGCGGACAGGAUAGGUCUGUUUAUGACAGGCGUUCUUCCCAGUCAUCAUGGCCUGCCACGCCGUCAAGUAGCAAUAACAGUGUAAAUCGCAUGAACCUGUCUUCGAGGAUAUCGGCUUGUCUCGUGAACGGCAAGAGCAUCUCUUGCCUUCAGUUGAACUCUGGCUAUAGAAUCGGGAAUUUCUGCCUGGUGGAAGCAGUGUCCAAGCUCUACUUUCCCAGUGUGCCUCUUGUGGAAUUUGUAAAGGUCAUUCAGAUGGUUCUUCAGAUUCAACUUUAUGAAUGUACUGAUGAGGAAGAGGCAGCAUUUGUCCAGUAUUACAACCUACCAGUGAAGAAGUUGAAGUGCAACAAAAUUGUUCGUGUGGAUGACUUAGAGAAGUAUUUCCCUCAGCUGAACUACAUGUUCACCAAAUGUGUUAAUGACUUAAGUUCAGAAUCAUCAACAGUCGUCCACCAUCCGGGGUCUCACUCAUCGCUGGGUGGACCUCAGAAGAGGCCGAUGAACACUCCACUAGGCGGGCCACCCAUGAAGCAGAAAUUAGAAAAUGUUGUGCAGAAGCUGAACCAUGAAAGACAGUCGUAUGCAGCCGAUCCUGCAAGUGAGGCGUCAAGACCUGGUCGUACGUCUGUGAUUGUCAUAGAUGACUAAUGUAUGGACAAAAGAAUGGCUGACCAUGUCAUACAGACGACUUUCAUUGUAGUUGUUUUUUUUUGAGAAGACAGAAUGAACGAGUGUCAUUGUCACAAGAAUCUGUCAUUUUCAAAUUUUUGGAUCAAAUUCUGUAUGAAACCAUGCCCCAUGUGUCUAUGUUUUUAGAUUAUUUUGAUUAUAUGUCAGAGUAUAAACUGUUUCUUACGGGCGGUCAAGACACUGUCAAGAUUCUAUGACCUCAUAUGGGUAAAAUAUAUUCUGGCUGAUCCUAAAAUACUUUAUAAUAUGGGUUGUACGGCUGUGUUUAAAAUACAAUUCGUUCACUGGGAUACUUGUUAGGAACACAAGUAAUUUAUGAAAAAACGUUUGCAUUUAGUUUAGCGUUUUGGCCAGUGGGGCCACUGACUGAAUGUGUAUAAUAAAAUUCAGAGUUUUAUUAGAAGGGAAAUGCUUACUUCCACAUGGCAUUGUCAACAAGAUGGUCUCAUACAUUCCAUGCAAUGUUAACAAUUUUAAAGAAAAUUAACUUGCCAAAUAAUUACUGUUUACCUGCUAGUGGGUGGUUGGUGGAUGCUCCAGAUAAGUCUACUCCUUCUGCUUCAUUUUAGUUUUGCUGAAUUGUCAUUAUUUGUUUCUAGCCAAAUGUGGCUGUUCUUAUUCUAACUUGCCAAAUCGAGAGCCCUAUUUUUUGAAAAUCCUACAUAUAUUCAUUUUCCAAAAUUCUGUUAUGCAAGUGUUUGUGUUUGGAGUUUUGAAACAUGUUGUUGAACCUGUGUUUAUAGAGAGCAUUUGGCUGAGACAGCCAUCCAUUGUCAGGAAAAAAGUGAUUGUCUUAGACAGGUAGACAACUUGGACAGUAACAUUAUAGGAAAAAUGCAGGGGAGGAAGUGGAAAGUGGUCUUUUGUACUGGUGAUUGUCGUGGACAGGUGGCUAUUAGAGCAGAUUUGACCGAACAUGUAGUGGUUUACGGUGGCCUGAAUUUUUAACUUAGUUAGCAGUCUGUCUUGCUUCCUGAUAUGAAAAACAGCAUUGUGCUAAUGAAAAAACCUUUACCACUUUCUAUACCCUGAAAUCAUUCAUGCUGACAGAAAAGUUCUUUUUUUUUUCUCUUCUCCUGCAUCUGCUUGUCUUGAGAGUUUUUAUAAAUUACCAUUGAAUUCUACUGUCUUACUUUACCCGUUGUGGUUUUUUUAAUCCUGACUGCCGCUUCCUACUUCUCUGCCAUGCAAAGGUGCCCAUCUCCACUGCUCAGUUGUUUCUCAUCCAAACCUGUGACCUGUGACCUGUGACCUCCACUUGCGCUGACAAGCUUGGCCGUUUGUAUAAAGGGUUGAUAUUUUGUUUUUUAGUAGGACUACAGUUCUACUUUGAAUUUCCCAAGGAAAUUGGUUGUCUUAUCCUGCUUUGGGUUUUUAGAAAGAACUUUUCCCUCUUUGAAAUUCAAUAUCAGGAUUCCUUCAGGACUACAUGCCAUCUUUUUUAAGAUAAAAUAAUGUCCGCUUAAUGCUUGGAAGCAAGGAAUAUGCAGGGUCCCAGGCAAACAGGAUCUUAGCAGAAUUAAUAGGGGGGGGGGGUGCAUGGUGACUCAUGGUUAGGCCCACAAUCAGCAAAAAGAUCUCCCCUUACUUUGAAAUGAUCUGACGUGAUCCCUGGCUAUCAAGAGGUCUUUUCAGUGAUCAAUUUCUUGUCAAAGUGGGCUAAAACGUAUGGGGAGCAAAGAGUGGCUAACCUUUUUCGCCAAAAACAAUGGCCUCUUAAUUUAAUGAGGUAUGCCAUUUUUCACUCGUGCAAUUGUGGAUAUCAAGAUCAAGGUCAAUUGCAUUGCUCCUCUCCUUCACCUGCCCAAUAAAAUGUAUGGCUUUACAUCUCUGACCCAGUUCCCCGCUCAUGUCCUAUCGCAUUUUGUUGUGACCACACCAAUUAAAAUUUGUAGAACAAAAGGCAGGCUCACUGCCAACUGAUGACCACAUUCAGCAAAGUGUGCAUGCCAGUCUGUCUAGCAAAUUCAGUUUCAGAACUGAAAGAAAAAUGUAUUGUCAGGGAAACAAAGUACAGACAAAUUCACAGUUCACAGAUGAAUUCACAGUUCGAUGUGAUCCUAUCUGAUUUGGCUUUGUCAUCCUUCCCACCCACCCACCCAGCAUGUGAUGCAAGGUCAGGCUGUUGGUUCAAACGUGGGUGCGAUGUUUGUGCGAUGAGUUUACACCUCAGCCUGAUCCCGUCUGGGGCAAAGAUUGUACCCACUCACUGAGAUUUACGGUGGGGAUGUGGUCGCAUUCACUCAGUAAAUUAUUAUCUAAAAUGCACAAUCUUAGCCGAAUAUAGUCCUUUAGAGCCGGAUCUUAAAGACAAAUUUUGUGUCGUAAAAAAUCUGUUUUCUUAAAACAGGGGGAUCUUGUGAACUGGGAUCAUGAGUGGUGGGAUCUUAGGCAGAGACUGCUGUAGUAUCUUAGAGUAUUUUUGUUUCACACUAACCAAGGCGUUUGAGGCAGUUUCCCUUCACCCAAUGAACUACUUUCACUUUUGUCUCAAGCUUUUCGUUUGGUAGGGAAUGUUGAGAUUUGUGGUUUCAUGUUCAGGCCUGAUGUGUGGUUGUCUGCCAGUUGCCAGACUGCUAUAUUUAUCAAAAGGGCAAUGUAUGUUGUUGUUGAUGUUAAUCCAGUGGCCUUUGAGCAUGUGCCGUUUGGCCCAAUGUCAUGUUAAAAAAGUUAGAGGUCUUCGACAUUUGAUCUUUGCUGCAGUAUAGGGUAUUACUUGUAGGGAUUGGAGGAAGAAGUUGCUGUCAGAGGUCCUGUAGUUUGGAAAUGGCAGUGUAUAAGAGAUAUAAAUACCCCCUGCAGGAGAGAAAUUAGGGCCUGUCUUGGUGAAUGACAGAAUUGGGUAGAAGUUCUAGCUCAUUUAAUGUUUACUCAAAGUGACACAAUAGUCAGUUGAGUGUAUCAACGUAAUUAUGUCAAAGAACCAAAGAUUCUGAAUCUCUUACGAAUAUGUUUUGUAUGUUAUUUAAAUUCUCUUGGAGUUUUGUGCACUAGUGUUUUGUCUUUGGUUUUAUAAUUACAAUACAUUGGUGAAGAAUAAGAUUUCUUAUAAGUUUGAGACAUUAUUUUUUGCCAGAUUUUGCGAGUGUUUUCUUUUACACUUAUUUCCUGUGUGUAACAAAUAAAGCAAAGUCAUACUCCCAAUAAAUUAUUUCAGAGAAUUA